GUGUUUGUGAAAAUUUUAUAAUUAAUUUCAGUGUUUUCAUAAAUUCUAGUAUUUUAACCAAAUAUUAAGGUAUGCAAAAUCCGGCAGUCAAAACGCCUGCUACAAGCAAACGUGAGGGCGCGGCUGCGAGAAAAUCAAGCGGAAAAAAGCUUGUACAGGCGCGGCUGCCGUUUAAAAUAAUUCCAACUGGAACUCCCACUGCCGCUGCAAGUUCAAUUUCAGCCAAGGAUACAGACGAGACCGCAAAAGAUGGCAGAAAACGCAAGUUAUCAUUUGAAGCCGACAAAAGUGAAAAGGCAGAGGGUGCGGCAACUGAUGAAUUACGUGGACGAUCUGCUAGCAAAGAGAACUUGACUGUAAGAACAAAAAAGUUGAAAACUGAUGAGCAAGAUGAUGUUAUACUAUUGGAUGAUGAUGAUAUCUUGGAAGAUGAGGAUGGUAAUGUUAAGGAUGCGGAAAGAACAGAGGAUGAAAACAAUGCAAGUAGUAAUGAAAAGGUAGAAAAGCAAGUCAAGAAAACUCCUGUCGCAACUAAAACUCAAAAAGCAAUCAAGCAAGCUAAAAACAAAGUAAGCAACGCUGUUAGUUCACCACGCACGCCAAAACCGAGUGUAGCCACAGAGAAAGAUGCUAAUACGCCAAAGAGUGCAAAAGCUAAAAACUCGAACACUCCCGGAAGUGCGAAAAAUAAAUCGGCCAACAGUAAAGGAGGUGGUAGUGCAACAAAAGUUCAAAUAAAAUUGCCACUUGGAAGUGCCAAGACAAACAAGCGAAGAAAAUCUAUGAUCACAGCAGACUCGAAAGAUGGGGAAGUGGUUAUAUCUAGUGAUGAAAAUGAAGAUAUUCCCGUAAAGCGGCAAAAAGUUGGGGGUUCACCAAAUGAACAGAAAAAGGUAGACGAUACUGACAAGGUAUCCAGUACAAUGAUCAAAGAUUGCAGUAUCACAGAGUCGGAGGAAAAUUCAAAUGUGCUGGUCUUGGAACUCGGCGGAAAUGCUACCGACCUGCCAGAUUCAGAGUUGGACAGCAGAAGUAGCUCUGAGACUCUUAAAUCAAUAAAUACUACAUCGGAACAUUCUUCAAAAAUUCUAAAAUCAACUGCUAUUGUUAAUAAAAAUAAUGAUUCCGCAAAAUUAAAACCAGUAUCUGCAAGUUCCAAGGAAACGGUUAAAAAACAGUGUAAACCAGUUUCUUUAACAAAGGCUGAUGAUGUUAAACCUAUUUCAAGUGAAAGUGAAUCCAUUUCAACUGAAAAUAAACCAAUUGAGAUAACAGAAUCACAAACGGAUGACAAUGAAACACAUGGAAAAAGUUCUAGUGAACCACAAAUUACAGAGAGAAACAACUCACCACAAGCAGAGAAGAUGAAAGUAGGUAAUGACAAAAAGGCUAAAAAAACACCUCAGCAAAAGCCUAAAACCCCAACCAGAGCAACUAAAGCAAAUAAGGAUAAAAAGUCUGUAGACACCCCAACCACAUCGGAAAAAACACCUCAGCAAAAGCCUAAAACACCAACCAGAGCAACUAAAGCGAAUAAGGAUAAAAAGUCUGUAGACACCCCAACCACAUCAGAAAAAGGAAACGUUAGCACAAAUAAGAAAUCUCCAAUUAAAGAAGAUAAGAUUGAAAAUAAUGAAAAAGUUGCAGAAGUUUCAUUGAUUAUAAAUAGUACUUCGGAUUCCGAAAGUGCAACUUCCAACAAUGAUGAAAGUAAGUCUUUUGCUGAGGAAAGCACACCUAGAGUUGCGGCUACCCCAAAAAUUGCCAGAGACGAAGCACUUGCAUCGAAGAAAAAUCUUACACCGAAGCAAAUGCAGUUAAUGGAACAAAGGCGUAAAGCACGUGAAGAGAAGGAACGUCGUUUGCAGGAGGAAAAAUUGCAAAAGCAGAGGGAGAAGGAGGCUAAGGAAUUGUCAAAGAAGCGCGAACGAGAAGAGCGCGAAGAGCAACGCCGUAAAGAGCGAGAGGAGAAGGACGAACAGAAACGCAAAGAACGUGAGGAGCGUGACGAGCUGAAACGUAAAGAACGCGAGGAAAAAGAACGGAAGCGGCUGGCCGAACAGGAAGUGAAGAAUGAAGAAAAGCGAAAGCGCAAUGAAGCAAAAGAGGAGGAAUUACGUAAAAAAGAAGAGGAGCGAAAGCGUAAAGAAGGUGCAGAUUUAAAAGCUAAGAAAGAAGCAGAAGCUUUUCAAAAGUUCUUCAAAGCCAAACGCGCAGUAAAUGCAGAUGGCGAAGCUGGACAACAACAAGCGCAACAGAAUGACAGCAAAGAUCCUGAAAUUCUAGCUUUCCGCCCAUUUGAGAUCAAGGGUGACAUGAAAUUGGCUCCUAUCCGAAGGAAACUGCUUAGCGCCCCCUCUAGAAAACAGCUCGAUACUUUCAUGGCAGAUGUGCCAGCAGAAUCUACUCAUUUAUACCUGGAUGAACUUAAGAGCGGCAAAAUAGUACCAGGCAUAUGGAGACGCAUAUCAGUAGAUACGAAAGUAUCCGAAGACGAAGUUCAAGUCAUAGAUGAUGAGCUGGAUCGCGCAGGUCAAGCAAUUGUGGAAGAGACUCACGCACCAAUUGAACAUUUCCGAGCUAAAUUUUAUAAAUUCCAUGAAAAUCGUAGACCUCCAUAUUAUGGCACAUGGAGAAAACGUACAAAUGUGAUAAAGCCAAGGCGGCCUUUUGUGCAAGAUGCGAAAUUUUUCGACUACGAAGUCGAUUCUGAUCUCGAGUGGGAAGAAGAGGAGCCUGGCGAGUCGCUGGACGGCAGUGAUGACGAGAAAGAAAAAGAGUCGGAAGACGAUGACUACGAGGUCGACAACGAAUGGUUUGUGCCACAUGGUCAUCUCAGUGAAGAAGAGCUGCAAAAUGAGGAUGAUGUGCUCGACGCCAACACACGCGAGGCCCAAAAAGCAAAACUACAAGUACUGCAGCAGGAGUUUGCACAAGAGAUGAAAAAGAAAACCGAGAAAAUCAAACCACGGCUCAUCGGCUGCAUUUGGGCAGAUGAAAAUGGCAAUCAACCGGCGUUAUGUCCGAAAAUCAUCUGGGAUACUUUAAAUUUGCGUGCAAUGUUAUUCGAAGCUCCACCGCUACUGGAGGACCCUGAAGUUGCGGAAAAGAGUGAACUUGGUUCGCCAACAAACAAUGAGAAGACAGUUGAGAAAGUGAAGCCGAUUAAAAUAACCGAACGUAUGCUGAAUGACUUGGUACGCUUGGUACAUGGAAAUCAGCAUUCUAAAAACUUUUUAAUAAAAGAAUUCAUCGCUUACUUGGAAGCCAGCGAAGAAUCUAUUAAAAACGGCGAAGUACGUGGUCCCAUCAAGUCAAUCGUACGAGAGAAAAUCGACGAUUUCGCCGAAUGGACAAUAAUCGAAUCAACUAAAGUUUUACAAAAGAAUAAAAAGAAAAAUAAAAAGCGUCUCUGCUGGGUGGUAUCCGCUGACGUAUUAAAGAAAAUGGGUCUGGAAGAUUUGGGUUUACAUAAUACGUGGAAAUAUACACUGCAACCGAAAUCCAGUAAAGACGAAACGACAAAAGCCGAAGUUGAAGUUCCCACUGAAAAUGAGACAAAGGAAACAACGGAAAUUGCUUGUGAUACAGAAAACCCAAGUGAAACCGAGUCAAAGGCCACCGACAAGAAACAAACUAAAAAAGAAAAAGCAAAAGAAAAGAAGCUUAAAACAAAAUCAGAAAUAACAAAAUUCACAAAAGUGCUGCCGCCGAAGACAGGUGAUCCCAAAUCGCCAAAAGCUGCAGUGACACCAGCAACAAAAGAAGAUGCAAAUGCGUCUUCCGUUGAAUGUAAUGAAUCGCCGACAACCGUAGUGACGUCACCAGCCUCCACUAAGCCGACGGCAAAUGUUAAAAAGCGUGUACCACUGCUAAUGUCCGUCGCGCGUGGGCAGAACAUACCGCAACCCGCAAAAAAUGCGCUUAUCAGCGAGUUUUUAAAGAAGUCCACGGCUGAGAAAGCAGCGUCUGCCAGCGAAACAACAAAUGCUGCCGCCACUUCCACUGCCAAAGAAGACAGCAAAGUAGUGGAACUCGACUAAGCCGUUCAUAGUGUAUAAUGUAGUUAUAUAUAUAUAUAUUUUUAUAUCAUAGUACUCUCUUAUGUACCGUUUGCUACCAGCUGUCCCUUAUCUACCUACCUACCUACAUAUAUAUUGUAUUGAAUCACACGAAUAGUUAGUGUAAAAUAAUAUUUUUGUUAAGUAUUUAAAGUCCAUAUUAUCCAGCAUACAUGUUAAGUUCAUUGGCCAAGUUAGUAACUUAAAGCCUAAAAACGAAAUUAAUUGUUAAAUAACAUUUAUGAAGAUACUAAAAAAUAUUUUUAGUUUCAUGUAGACAUUUACAUAUAGACAUGGUCAAUUAAGGUCAAAUAUUGUAUUUUUCCUAAUGCUGUUAGAAUAAAAUACAUGCAUAAUCA